UUAUAUAUGUCCCCGACGCCUACCUCUCUCUCUUCUCCUGUUGACGUAAAAUCAGGCCCUUAUCUUUGUUGAGAAGCAAAAAUUAUCAAGGGUUUCUCAACAACUGAAUCAAUCGCAAAACGAUGUCGAGUGGAAAGAAAAUAACCCUAAAAAGUUCCGACGGAGAGACUUUCGAGGUGGAGGAGGUGGUGGCGCUGGAAUCGCAGACGAUUAAGCACAUGAUAGAGGACGACUGCGCCGAUAGUGGCAUCCCUCUGCCGAACGUCACGAGUAAGAUCUUAUCUAAGGUUAUUGAGUACUGCAAGAAGCAUGUCGAGACCCCUAAAUCUGAAGAUCGCCCUUCUACUGUUGAUGAUGACCUUAAGGCUUGGGACGCUGAGUUCGUCAAAGUGGAUCAGGCCACUCUUUUCGAUCUCAUCCUGGCUGCCAAUUAUCUGAACAUCAAGAGCUUGCUGGAUCUAACUUGUCAGACAGUUGCUGACAUGAUCAAGGGAAAAACUCCAGAAGAAAUUCGGAAGACUUUUAACAUUAAGAAUGACUUCACCCCUGAAGAAGAGGAGGAAGUUCGCAGGGAGAACCAGUGGGCCUUCGAGUAAAAGGUCAGGAAAGAGUGUCUGUAUUGCUAGUUUCCUUCUGUUGGAAAAUGAAUGUCAAAGGACUACUGCCCUCCAAUCAAUUGUUAGUUUACUACUCCAUUCCUUAUCGAAACAAAUUACCGACUCUAAAUUCUGCUUGUAACCCUUUAAUUAUGUUAAUAUGGUAUAUACUAUCCAUUUAUGAAGACUUUGUGCUUAAAUCUUA